AUGCCUUACCCAGAGACGACUGACGCGUUUGCCGUCACUGACAUCAAGAACUGGAGCACCUUCAAGCGCCAGGAGCUACCCCUCAAGAAGUUUGAGGAAUACGAUGUCGACAUCGCCAUUGACGCCUGCGGUGUUUGCGCUUCAGAUGUUCACACCAUCACUGGUGGAUGGGGAGACUCAAUCCCUCUUCCCCUCUGUGUAGGACACGAGGUCAUUGGCAAGGUCGUCAAGGUUGGCGACAAGGUUACUCGGGUCAAGGUUGGCGACCGUGCUGGUAUUGGUGCCCAGAUUGGCGCCGACCUGACUUGCGAGCAAUGCAAGAACGACAACGAGAACUACUGCCCCAACCAGGUCGACACAUACGGUGCUAAGCACAGCUGUGGCACCGUUGCUCAGGGUGGAUAUUCUAGUCAUAUUCGAGGACAUGAAUACUUUGUCUUCAAGAUCCCAGACAACCUGGAUACUGCGCUUGCGGCGCCUAUGCUGUGCGCUGGGCUUACCACAUACUCUCCAUUGAAGAGGUUAGGAGCUGGCCCAGGAAAGAAGGUCGGCAUUAUCGGACUUGGAGGUCUUGGCCACUUCGGUGUCCUUUGGUCAGUUGCCAUGGGUGCCGACACAUACGUCAUCUCGCACUCUCCUAACAAGAAGGAGGAUGCCCUCAAGAUGGGUGCCAAAGACUUCAUCGUUACCAAGGAGAAGGGUUGGGCGGAGCCAUGGAAGUUCCAGUUUGACUUUGUCAUCAACACGGCCGAUGCUACGGACAAGUUCGACUUGGCAGAGUACUUCUCUAUCCUAAAGGUCAACGGAAACUUCCACAUGGUCGGCUUCCCCGACAACCCGCUCCCCGCCAUGCCCGCUCAAAUCUUUGCGCCCAACGGUUGCUCCAUGGGUGCGUCGCACAUUGGCAACAGGCCAGAGAUGGAGGAGAUGUUUGAGCUUGCAUCAAAACAGAACAUCAAGAGCUGGGUACAGGAGAUCCAGCUCGGCGAAGAGGGCUGCAAGGAGGCGGUUGAGCGCGUGUACAAGAACGACAACGUCAAGUACAGGCUGACACUCACCGGCUACGACAAGGUCUUUGGAAAGAGGGCUUAGAUAGCUACAAUUGCAAGGAUUAUGCCUCUUUUAGAUACCACUAGAUAAUCUCAAAUAUAAUGAACUUUUGAA